AUGUAUUCAUUGUGUCUUGCUCUUUUGCAAUUUUAUCUGAAUCAACCAGUAAAACAAGUUAAAUUGAAACCUCAGAAUCAACAAAUUGAACAUCAAAUCAAUACUACCAAUACUACUUAUCAACAGCAAUUUUAUCCGAAUCAACAAGUAAAACAAGUUCAAUCGAAAUCUCAGAAUCAACAAAUUGAACAUCAAAUCAAUACUACCAAUACUACUUAUCCAACUCAACAACAGCAAUUUUAUCUGAAUUAA